AUGCCGAACAUAUUGAUUGCAUGGAUCAAGGGCACAACACCGGACAAGCCAGUCGCCACAAACAUCAAUGUUCGGAAGAGGCGAUAUUCUGGGCCUUGGAACUUGGGAUGCAAUAUGACGAAUAUGGCACGUGACGGCUGUCAACAUGAAGAUGGAAAAAGGAGUGAAAUCGGCGCCAGUGACCCCGGAGUAUCUGCUGGCAAGGUACUGCUGGCCGAGCAAGGAGAAAACGGCCGGAAUGAGGUGGGAAUAGAUGUUGACCGACUCAUUGUGGAUAUACAACAAACUGUACAACGAAGCUUGAAACGAGCCUGA